AUGUCCACUUCUCCACAGCCGCCAAGCAACCCUCCACACAGAACCCGCUGGAGUUCCGAGGACUGUAUCCGCAUCUUUGUCAUGUUCCCCUUAGUGAUCUUCGUCAUUGGCUUCACCUGUAGCGACUACUUCAGCGACCAUUCGCCUCAACACUCAGCUGCCCCUAUUGUCUCCGACGUGUUUCGCUUUCCGGAGCGUUUUGUGUGGGAAUACGAGCUAGUGGAGAGGGACUUGAAGGUCUACAUCUACCAGGACAGAGACCCCGGCGCGUACUUCCAGUCGCCGAGGAAGCUGACGGGGAAAUACGGGAGCGAGGGCUACUUCUUCAAGAACAUCAAGGAGAGUCGCUUCCUCACCACUGAUCCUCUUCAUGCUCGCCUCUUCUUUAUUCCCAUUUCUUGGCAUCAAAUGCGCACCCUGAGAACGCCGUAUGAGAAUAUGACCGUUAUAGUUGAGAAAUAUGUGGAGAGGCUAAUCUCAAAGUACCCCUAUUGGAACCGAACUCAGGGUGCUGAUCAUUUUUUUGUGAUAUGCCAUGACAAUGGUGUGGAGGUUGCUGAAGGAGUUCCACUUCUCAAGAAGAAUCCAAUUCGACUUGUUUGUCCGGCUAGCUAUGAUUCUUAUUAUACUUCAUACAAGGAUAUUUCCCUCCCUCAAGUAAAUCAACCAUUUUCUCCUGCCACGGUUAAUAGGACAAAGAGUGGUUUUUGGGGUAGCAUUCCCAAUUUUGAAAUAAUAGCUGCCAUCCAGAGCAACCUUACAGAUAGUGCUGAAGGAUAUCUGCUAUAUCAUGACAAAGUUCAUAGGACAAAGUUCUGCAUAUGCCUUCCUGGAUUCCCAGACUAUACAAACCUUAUAGCAGACUCCAUCCGUUAUGGUUGUGUUCCUGUUAUCUUCUCAAGCUACCUGAAUUACACAUUCAAUGAUAUUCUUGACUGGCACAAAUUUUCAAUAAUACUCGCGGAGGAUCACUAUUUGAUUAAGGACACUCUUAGAGGCAUACGAGCUGCAGAUUUCACCGGAUUGCAAAAAAACUUGCUCAAGGUCCAAAAGCACUUCCAAUGGAACUCACCUCCACUCAGAUUCGAUGCAUUCAACAUGGUCAUGUUCGAUCUCUGGCAGCACUCCUCUGAAGUCUGA